AUGCCUGAGACUACUUGGACGACACUGGUCCAGAACAAACGUGAGUCAUUGAGCUCACUGAUACCUAGUGAGUGGCGACUUCAUUCGCUGCCAUCGACCGUCGAGUGUCCUAAUGCAUGGGACUGGGUUCGUGCUACAUUGACGGCGGAAGAGAUCGAAAUCACCGAGCUUGCCCCCACAAGCCUGCUUGCCAACAUCCAUGCUCAAGCCUGGUCUGCAGAAGAUGUCGUCCGCGCAUUCUGUCAUCGCGCGGCGAUUGUGCAUCAGCUCACAAACUGCCUCGCCGAGAUAAUGUUCGACGAGGCCAUCGCGGCCGCUCGGUCUCUCGAUCAACACUACCAACUGCAUGGGACACUACGCGGUCCGCUUCACGGGUUACCGAUAAGCUUCAUGGACCGUUAUCGCGUCGCUGGGUAUGAAACGUCGGCCGGGUUCGUUGCCUGGCUCGGGCUCAAAGAAACGCUGCAAUCUGAGGCUCUGAUCGUCCGCCAUAUGCGCCAACUUGGAGCUGUGCCCUUCUGCAAGACUAAUUGUCCACAAAGCAUGCUCAUCGCCGCCACCGACAACAAUGUAACAGGCCCCACUCUGAAUCCAUUCUGUCGCGCACUCUCUGCUGGAGGUGCUGCUGGAGGUGAAGGCGCCCUGCAGGCAAUGCGUGGCUCUCCCGUUGGAUGGGUGACAGAAAUUGCAGGCUCAGCACGAAUCCCCGGAGCCUUUGGCCAUGUCUUUGCGCUUCGCGUUUGCCAGGGCCGCCUCUCAAAUGCUGGCAUUGCCUCGGCUAGCGAAGGAUUUCCCGAGCAUGCCUUUACGCCUGCACUCAUGUCCUGGGAUCUUCCCAUGCUUCAGCAUAUGUCGCGCUUGACCCUAGGCGCACAAAUCUACCAAGGAGAUCCAUACUGUCUAGAUCUCCCAUGGCGAGAACCCAAGUGGAUGCGACUCCAGCGUGCCCGACCACGGUUCGCCAUUCUGCAUCACGACCAUCGCGUCCGUCCUCAGCCUCCUGUUCAGAGAGCCCUAAAUCUCGUGCAUGCGGCAUUGCAGGCACAGCAAUUCGAUGUUGUCACUUGGUCGCCCCCACAACACGCGGCAGCCGUCCAGACACACUUUCGGCUACUGGGAGCUGAUGGCGGUUCGACUAUCCGUAGUCUUAUGAAUAAGACGGGCGAACCUCCCGUCCGGGGUCUGCAGCCAUGGUACCAGGAGUCCACCUCAAGUGGUAAACUCUUGGCGGAGCAACUAUGGUCGUGGUCUAGAGAGAGAGCUGAGUACCGAAAGUCAUACGCCACAUACUGGAAUCAAUGCAAUGCAACGGAUGCAACGCUAGCCAGAGUUGAAGGAGUUAUCAUGCCAGUUUUGGCGAAUGCCGCCGCCUAUGAGCACGAUCUCUCUUACUUUGGCUAUAGCGCGAUUGUCAACUACCUCGACUUCACCGCCAUUUCCUUUCCCGUGACCAGUCAAUGA